AUGACCACAACAAUCGCCAUCAACGCCGCAUCAACCACAACAUCACCACACACCCACCACAACAACGACAUGACCACCACAAUAACCACGACACUAUCGCCAGAGCCACCACCACUAUACCCACAACACCCAACCACCUCACCCACUCCGCAAGACAAGCAGUUGUUAGAGUUGAUCUGCACCAAACACUACAACCGCACUCAUUUACAGCUCCGAGUCGUCGUUUUAGUGCUUGGCAGCUUUCUCCAACUCUACUCCAACCACCUCUGGCCACUUCUCAAGCCAUCCUCUUUGUCUUCUUCUUCCCUACUGGCUGAUUCUGCUUGGCCUUGCCCUCCUUGGGCUCCGACUUGA